CCGAUCAAUUAUUUAACGCAAACCCAUCGUGCUCUCAUCCCACCCGUCCGCGUCUGUUUCUGUGGGUCUCUAGGCCACAGCCCCUGCUCCGAUCGUCCUCGUGAAUUUCUGUGCAACGUUCCAGGCAAUUACCUCGGUUCUUUUGUCUUGCGGUGCAUACCGCAGUUAACCGAGGGGCUCACCAACUGUAGUGUCUCCAGGGGUGAAGAAAGUGCAACAGCAAGGUGAACCGAACGAAGACAGUGACGAAAGAAUAGUUUGUCGUGACCGACGUCGCUGGAAGUGAUUAGAGCGUCGAACGAUCACCCCUGAAUGAAAAUGAAAUUAACGGCCUUACUCCUCCCGCUGCUGACGAUUGGAUCCUCCUUAGCAAUAACGACAUCACCCGUCGAGACGCCUCCCGCCAAAGCGGAUCCCAGUCGGAAGGAAAAACGCGGCAUCCUCGGUCUGGGAGCGUACGCUUCAGCGGCACCGAUUUAUGGUCCCGCAUUUGGCCACGCUCACGCUCACGCUCAUGCCUUCCCCGCUCAUGCCUUCCCCGCUCCAGUGGCGACAGCGGCCGCGGCGCCACUGCCUCUGCCUCAUUACCACGACGGUGUCGUAGUUGGCGCUGCCGUCCCACCGGUUUUCGCAGCUCCAGCAGGACCAUUCCUGGGAGCUCACGCGCACACCCACAGCCACACGGUCGUCACCAGGAAGAUUGGCAUCCCCAUCCCGCAGCCGUACGCCGUUCCGGUGGACAAACCAUACCCGGUGCCGGUCAAGGUGCACGUCCCAAUCCCGGUGGAUCGUCCCUAUCCGGUAGCCGUCCCGAAACCGUUCGCCGUCCCCGUCGACCGACCCUAUCCGGUUCCAGUGGAUCGUCCCUACCCAGUUCCCGUGGCCCAACCCGUACCCAUUCCGGUGGUGAAACAUGUCGGAUAUCCAGUUCCAGCCCCAGUGCCAGUGGCCGUUCCUAAAGCGGUACCGGUUCCGGUACACACGCCGUAUGUCGUGGAAAAACCCGUCGUUGCUGCACCCUACGGUCCGGAUCCGUGGGUCGGCGGAAAACUGUGGUAGAAGUAAUUCCUCACCAAGCGCAGCUAAAUUGUAAGCGAUUAUAUGGUGCCCACCUCUAGUAGAAAUAAAUUUAAAUUAAAUGUGUAAUUCAGAGGCAGCUGUGCAUAAAAGCAAUAUGGAAUUACAUACUUUGAGUGCAUGAAAGUGAAUGACGUUUGUUCCAUCCAGCUUUUUGUAGAAGCAUUUAACUUGCAUGUUACUUUAGGGGAUGGUUACAACUAAUUUUGAGAUGUAGUCUUUGAUAGAACUGAUUAUAGUGACAAAAUAUUUAUUUAUUGACUUAGGUAGCUUAAUAAAAUAUCGACAAAUUCAA